AGAAAAAAGAAUUUUUUUUUUUCUCUACUCUUGCUUAAACGACGACAAACUUUAAAAUAAAAUUGGCAAUGUCAUGUCGUUUCUUGAUCAAAAGAGUAAUGGACUAUAAUCCGUUUCGUUUCAUUUAUUCGCUUACAAACGAAACGUUUCCUUUUAUCCUUUCUCGCACCGUACUUCUUCUCUCUUAUCCAAAUGAACAAAACACAUAAAUCUCAAACGCAUGCUCUCUCUUUCUAUCAUCAAUGGCGGCUUCGCUCUCCUCAAUCCUGAACCAGCCUAAUUGCGGUCUCUUGCUAAAGCUCCACGGAAGAUGCCGUUUCGGUCUCAGGCUUCGUAAUUUCGCUUCGCAUCCAGAGAGGCCUAUUUCGCAGUGCUACCUCCGCCGCCGCACGCGGCAAGGAAGUUCAAGUCUUAAACUCUCCCGAAGCUUUUCUUCGUCUCAGUCUCCUCUUCUCAGCAAGCCCGAGACUCCAGGUCUCCACCACUUCAUUGCCCAAGCAGCUCUCACAUCUUCUGAAGCUCAACAAGACCAUGUAGCAGCUUCUGAAAUUUCUUCAAAGGGUCGAAUUUAUCAUGAGACUUAUGGGUGUCAGAUGAAUGUAAAUGAUAUGGAGAUCGUUCUCUCCAUAAUGAAAAAUGCUGGGUUUAGUGAAACUGUGGAUGUCCCAGAGAACGCUGAAGUGAUAUUUAUUAACACUUGUGCUAUUAGGGACAAUGCUGAACAGAAGGUUUGGCAGAGACUUAAUUACUUUUGGUUUCUUAAGAGGCAUUGGAAGAGCAAUGUUGCGACUGGUAGGUCACAAUCCGUACGUCCCCCAAAAGUUGUAGUUUUGGGAUGCAUGGCUGAGAGAUUAAAGGACAAGAUAUUAGAUUCAGAUAAAAUGGUUGAUGUAGUUUGUGGCCCUGAUGCUUACAGAGACUUGCCAAAGUUGCUUGAAGAGGUUGACUAUGGUCAGAAAGGGAUCAAUACCUUGCUUUCUCUUGAAGAGACUUAUGCUGAUAUUAGUCCUGUUCGAAUCUCGAAAAACUCGGUUACUGCAUUUGUUUCGGUGAUGAGGGGUUGCAAUAAUAUGUGCUCAUUUUGCAUUGUUCCUUUUACUAGAGGUAGAGAGCGGUCGCGCCCUGUGGAGUCUGUAGUGAGAGAGGUUGGUGAGCUUUGGAAAGAGGGUGUAAAAGAAGUAAUGCUUCUUGGCCAGAAUGUAAACAGUUAUAAUGACACAUCUGGAGAUGAGGAAGAAGUUGAAGCAGGAACUAAUUGGAACCUUAGUGAAGGAUUUUCCAGCAGGUGCAAGGUGAAGAAAGUUGGUUUACGUUUUGCUGAUCUCUUAGAUCGACUUUCUACUGAAUUUCCUGAGAUGAGAUUCAGAUAUACAUCCCCUCAUCCUAAAGAUUUUCCAGAUGAGUUGCUAUAUUUAAUGCGAGACAGACAUAAUAUAUGCAAAUAUAUACAUUUACCUGCACAAAGUGGCAACAGCACAGUGCUGGAAAGAAUGCGCCGGGGAUAUACCCGAGAGGUAUACUUGGAUCUCGUGCAAAAGAUAAGGAGAAUUGUUCCAGAUAUGGGGAUAAGCAGUGAUUUCAUAUGUGGAUUCUGUGGAGAAACGGAGGACCAACAUGAAGACACAGUAAGUCUUAUAAAGGCUGUUGGUUACGAUAUGGCAUACAUGUUCGCUUAUAGCAUGAGGGAGAAAACUCAUGCAAAUAGAAACUACUCUGAUGAUGUUCCCGAGGAAGUUAAGCAGAGAAGGCUGACCGAACUCAUUGAAGCUUUUCGUUCGAGUACCGGUCAGUGUUAUGACUCACAAGUAGGAACUCUUCAACUUGUGUUGGUAGAGGGACCUAAUAAGAGAGCUCCAGAUACAGAACUUAUUGGCAAGAGUGACAGAGGCCAUAGAGUUAUCUUUGUCAGUACUCCAGUCCCUCAACGAGAUUGUGAUUCAAAUGGCACAAGGAAGCCAAUGGUGGGUGAUUAUGUCGAAGUUCGUAUAUUGAAAUCGACAAGAGCAUCUCUAUUUGGUGAAGCUCUUGCUAUUACUAAAUUGACAUCAUUUUACAACAUCGAGUAUGAAGAAGCUAUUGCCUGUGGAAGCAGAAGUUGAGAAUCAUUUACUUAUUGUUACCUCUCUUUACUUAAAAAUUUUGCAUACUAUUCUUUUUCUUAUUUUGACAAUAGCUGAGCAGAUUUUGCUGGGAAUUAUGAUUACAAGGGCAUUUCAUUUGUAUAAAGUUGAUUAAUUAUCAUCAUGACACAACUUAUGGUUAGAAAUUGGAGAAAUGUUAAAGGUAGUUAUGGUGCUUA